UGGCAGCUGUAGAGUAGUAUUCAGUCGUCUGCAAUAAUCUUCCAGCUACUCCCAAGAUACGGAACGGACCACGCUAUGUUGCGCAAAUGCAUGGUUUCAGCGACGUUCCGUCCGUCGUUUAGAAGCACGAAUAUAGUUCAUGCAAGGCAUAUAACAACAAAGCAAUCGCUCCCGUCGACUAGAUACUCUAGGACAGUUAUUACAAGAUAUUGUUUUAUUAAUGUAGAACCUAAACAAUCAUUCUAUUGUACUUUUCAAAAUAGAAUAAUAUGUGGUAUGCCAAUGAACAAGGUUAGGCACGCGCAACGGGCAUCCUUUUACACAGUGAAGGGACUUGCAACGCCCUAUCCCAGCCCGACUGACAAUAGUAGGAAAGAAAUACAUACAUAUGAUCAAGCUCAGCGGAUAACACCAGAUACCAAUAGGUCAGAAUUUGAUACUAAUGUGAAUUCCUCGAAUAACAAUCCUAUUUUGGGACAGGGAACUGUGUUCCAGGAAGGUGAACUCGUAGUGUUGACCGAAAAGAAUGCGAAAGUCCAGCGCACACGCGGUAAAAUUCACUCUAUUAUGGUGCAACUAUUGCCAAAGAAGACAUUCCGGUCACACGCCGGACAUAUACUUUUAUCUCAUAUAAUAAAUCUACGAGUAGGUAAGACAUAAAA